AUGUGGUUCAAUGCGUCUAAGGCUGUUGUUCAAAAAGUUCUGAAGUUCUUCACUGGAGUCCCCAAAGUUCCAGAAGAACUCCAGAAAUUCUUCAGUGGACUCCAGCCUCAGAGGAAUGAUACAACGUUAUUCUUUCCAUCAUUCAGUGGAAACUCCUAUUUAAAACUACCUUCACUAUCAUCCCUGUCAGACGAUAGAUUUUCGUCAGGGCAAGAAUGGAACAAAGUAACAAUCUACUUAACAGUGAAGACAACUGCUUUAAAUGGCACUCUCCUUUAUGCUAGUGAUGAAUACACAGAACAUUUCCUUCAUCUUUACCUCGUGGAUGGGAAGCCAACUGCUCGGUUUGGCUGUGGCCCUUCUCCAGACAUUUUGACAGUGACUGCCAAUCACUCCAUUAAUAGGGAUGUCCUUGUACCAAUCACACUAAGCUAUAUGUUGUCUUCUGGCAGUCCUGAAGGUUAUUGUGUGAUUGAAAUGGCUGCAAAUGAAAUUUCUUCUGUCCAUCAGAGGCUCUCUCUGCCGGCGCAAAUGACUCAGGUUACCUUUGGGUCCAUAUUUCUUGGAAAUGUCCCUUCUCAUCGCAUAAACAUUCAUCCAAGUUCUGGACAGAUUUAUGGCUUCAGAGGCUGCAUCAGAGAGUUCCAAGUCAACACCCAAGAACUCUUCAUUAUAGAGGAGGCGUUGGAAGGACAGAACAUUGACAACUGUAACGUUCCGGUUUGUGACUAUCAUCCAUGCCGCAAUGGUGGCACUUGCACUAGUGACACAGAGAACUGGUUCUGUGAAUGUCCUCCUAGCUACUCUGGAAAAUUAUGUCAGUUUUCAAACUGUGAACAAAAUCCAUGUGGGAAUGGAGCAACUUGUUUUCCUAAAUCCAACCAAGACGUGGUAUGCCUUUGUCCGUAUGGAAGAACUGGAAUUCUUUGUAACGAUGCCAUUAAUAUAACCUAUCCUAGCUUCAGUGGGACAGAUGCUUUUGGCUAUACCUCAUUCCUAGCAUAUUCAGCAAUUCCAAACAUCAGCCUGUGCUAUGAAUUCCACCUGAAAUUUCAGCUGGCAAAUCACAACUCAUCACUACAAGACAAUCUCAUCUUUUUCACCGGUCAGAAGGGCCAAGGUGUUACUGGGGAUGAUUUCCUAGUGCUGGGCCUGCGAAAUAGUAGCUUGGUAUACAGUUACAACUUGGGAUCUGGAAUGGCAACUAUUACUAGCGAGCCACUUGAUCUGACACAUCACAUUCACACAGUCAGCCUUGGCAGAUUUCUUAGAAACAGCUGGAUGAAGGUGGACAAUCAAAAAAACAAAACUAUUACAUCACCAGGAAAGUUGACGGGACUCAAUGUUUUUAGUCAGUUUUAUGUAGGAGGUUAUAUUGAAUAUAUUCCAGAAUUCUUACCCAAAGGAUCCACUUUUAAGAAUGGCUUUCAAGGUUGCAUUUUUGACCUCAAAGUCCGGGCUGGAAAGGAUCAGGAGUUUAAAGUGCCAGGAAUUCCAGAAGGCCAUCCUAAUACUGGUCGCAAUGUAGGACAAUGUGCAGUGUCUCCGUGCCAACUCAUAACAUGCAGAAAUGGGGGGACAUGCAUGGAAAGUGGCUCUGCGGUGUACUGUCAUUGCUCUGCUGGUUGGACAGGGGCUUUCUGCACAGAAAAAAUGUCAGAGUGUGAUCCUGAGCACCAACCCCCCCAUCAGUGCAAGCGAGGUUCCACCUGCGUCUCUGUGCCUGAUGGAUACAACUGCCACUGUGCUUUGGGAACCACCGGCACACACUGUGAACAAGCCUUAACCAUAAGCGAUGCAUCAUUCAGCAACAGCAAAUCUUCCUGGAUGUCAUUUGAGCCCUUCAACAUUCGACACAAGGUUCAUAUUCAGAUGCAAUUCCAGACCUCUUCAGGAAAUGGCAUCCUCUUUUACACUGCUCAGCACUUGAGCCCCCGAUCAG